AUUUUCUCCAGAGUCAACCGAAUUAAGUGUUUUUUUUUCCCAUCAAUAAUGGCAGCCCCCUGUAAUCCCAAUGACUUGACAGAAGAGUUAUUCUAAUUCUAUAUGUUCAAAUCCAAUCAACACACACUUAUAUAUUUUUCCCUUUAUGGAAAUUAACCAAUCAAAAUAUCAAAUACAUCUUCCAUGAAAAUGAAAAUCAUAGUGUUCCUCCUUCUUCCCCUGUUUGCAACUGCAACAGACACACUCCACCAAACCUCAUCUCUUUCAGUCGAGAAACAAAACGACACCCUCGUAUCAUCCAAUGGCGACUUCACCGCCGGCUUCUUCCAAGUCGGAGACAACGCUUUCUCCUUCUCCGUCUGGUUCACCCGCUCCAAACAACCCACCGUCGUCUGGACCGCCAACCGGGACCAACCCGUCAACGGCAAAGGCUCAAAACUCUCCCUCAGAAACAACGGCAACAUGGUUCUCACCGACGCCGGAAAAAUCACAAUCUGGUCCACCACCACCUUCUCCUCCUUCCAAUUGCAACUCAAGCUCAUGAACACCGGCAACCUCGUCCUCACCACCGUGCAAAGAAACGCCACCGUCGUUUGGCAGAGCUUUGAUUCUCCAACAGACACCCUUCUUCCCGGUCAAGCAGUAACAGAGAGAGCAAGCCUUGUUUCUUCAAGAAGUGCCACCAAUUUCUCCUCUGGUUUCUACAAACUCUACUUCGACAACGACAACGCUCUGCGAUUGCUCUUCAGAGGUCCAACCCUCGCCAGCGUGUACUGGCCGGAGCCGUGGAGAUUGCCCGUCGACGCCGGACGAUCCACCUACAACGUCACCAAAAUUGCUGUUCUCGAUUCUGUUGGCCGCUUCCUUUCCUCUGAUGGGCUCCAAUUCAUUUCCGCAGAUUUCAAAAGCAGAGUAUACAGAAUGCUCAAGCUUGAUCCUGAUGGGAACUUGCGUGUCUAUAGUUUCAGCAAGGAGCGUAAGAUUUGGGAGGUGGUAUACCAAGCCAUUCCUGAACCUUGCACUGUUCAUGGCCUCUGUGGAGAUAACAGCAUGUGCACUCAUGACCCUGUUAUUGGAAGAACUUGCUAUUGCAUGCAAGGUUUCAAGGUUAGGAACCAAAACGAUUGGACGCAAGGGUGUGAACCUGAGUUCAUUCCUGCCAAUCUCUCUUGCAAUAAUGGAGGAGGUGAGUCUUUUGGUUUCCUUCAUCUUCCAAACAUGGAACUUUACGGCUAUGACUUGAAUGUGACAAAAGUCACAAGCUUGAAGCAAUGUCUAGAUCUUUGCUUGGGACUUUGUGGUGCAUGCAGAGGUGUCCAAUUCAAAUUCAAUGAAGUUUCUACUUAUAAUUGUUACGCGAAAACAUUGCUAGUGAAUGGACGCGAUACUCCGAAUGUGGAUGGAGAGUUCUAUUUGAAAUUGCCAAAAUCGACUUUAGCUCGUGUCAGAACAAACCAACCCAUGAAGCAUUCACCGAUGAAGUGUUCUGUUGCAAAUUCGUCUCAGCCUCUGAACAGGUUUUAUCAAAAGGAGAAACGAAACUCCACCUUGAGUUUCCUUGUUUGGUUCGCUUGCGGGGUAGGGGGAUUUGAAAUUACCAUCAUUUUCCUGGUGUGGUUCUUCUUGUUCAGAACCAGCAAGGACCAAGACUCUGGAGAUCAACAAAGGCGCCUCCUUUCAGCUACAGGGUUUCAAAGGUUCACCUAUGCAGAGCUCAAAACCGCGACGAAAGGGUUCAAAGAGGAGAUUGGGCGAGGAGCAGGAGGGGUUGUAUAUAGAGGGACACUAUACGAUGACCGUGUCGCGGCUAUCAAAUGCUUAAGCGAAGCUACACAACAAGGAGAAGCUGAGUUUCUAGCUGAAAUUAGCACAAUUGGCAUGUUGAACCACAUGAAUUUGAUUGAUAUGUGGGGUUACUGCGUUGAAGGGAAGCACAGGAUGUUGGUGUAUGAGUUCAUGGAGCAUGGAUCCUUAGCAGAGAAUCUCGUUUCCAAAAGGCUCGAUUGGAAGCAAAGGUUUAACAUUGCACUUGGUACAGCUAGAGGUUUGGCUUAUUUGCAUGAGGAAUGUUUAGAAUGGGUUUUGCAUUGUGAUGUGAAGCCUCAAAACAUUCUUCUAGACUCUGAUUUCCAACCCAAAGUUGCGGAUUUUGGAUUGUCUAAGCUUUUGAACAGAGAUGAGCGUGGUGGAAGUAACCCUGCUUUCUCUAGAAUUAGAGGAACUCGUGGUUACAUGGCUCCGGAGUGGCUUUACAAUCUUGGAAUUACUUCUAAAGUGGAUGUUUUUAGCUACGGGAUUGUGGCACUGGAGAUGGUGACAGGGAAGAGUCCGAUGGAGAUUCGCAGCCUUGAGACCGGUGAGGGCGGUGUAGAGCACCGGAGGUUGGUGACUUGGGUGACAGGGAAAGUGAAGAGUGCACCGACAGCCAUGUUUUGGAUGGAGGAGAUUGUGGAUCCUAACUUGGAUGGACAGUUUGAUGCUUCGCAGGUUGAGAUUCUGGUGAAAGUGGCUUUGCAGUGCGUGCAAGAUGACAUGAAUGAAAGACCAUCCAUGAGUCAGGUUGUGGAGAUGCUUCUGUCCCGUGAUAAUAGAAUCUCCCCUCGCUAGUUUGUUAGUUAGUUUUCUUGUCCUUUAUUUUCCUUCAUUGUCCAUGUUUUGAAGUGUGUUUGUUAGAAGAGAUUUUAAAAAACAUUCGUGCAAAACUGAGGAAAUGCCUCCAGAGUCAUCAAUAUAAUGUGAAUAUAGAGAUUGGCAAAGAAAAAUAAAUAAAUUUGAUGCAUAAUUUCAUUUGA